AUGAUACGAUCUCAAAAACUACCUGUUCGUGGUAAAACGACGGGCGUAAGUCAACAUCAUCAUAAUGGGAGUCGUACAAAUAUAAAUCCAUCUAGUUUAUCAAUCAUUCAACAUCAAAAUGUGUCGCUACCAACAGCUACGCCUGGAUCCUCGUUAGCAGGAGCUACGACGAUCACUACUUCUGGUAGUGGUGAUACAUCUUUUAUUGGUAAAACGUUAACAAUAAAUCAAUAUCAUGUUAUCGUUGAAGAUAUUUUGGGUCAAGGUGGUUUCUCCUUUGUAUUUCUUGUACGUUCAUUAAAUCAACCAUCAGUACAACGUUAUGCUCUAAAACGCAUGUAUGUGAAUAAUGCAGAAGGUUUAGAUGUAUGUAAACGUGAAAUACAAAUAAUGAAAAAUUUAUCGUCACAAAAAAAUAUCGUCAAAUAUAUUGAUUCAUCAGUUCAACGAAUAUCACCACCAUCAACAAGUACGGCAAUGAUAGGAGCAAACAAGGAAGAUGAUGAAGAAGACGAUACGAUUUAUGAGAUACUUUUGUUAACAGAAUAUUGCUCGAGUGGAACGUUAACCCAACGAAUGAUUGAACAACGGACAACUAAUGGGGGUACAGGUUAUUUUAAAGAAAAAGAAAUAUUGAAGAUAUUUAGUGAUAUAUGUCAAGCUGUUAGUCAUUGUCAUUAUCAUCGACCAAAAUCCAUAUUACAUCGUGAUUUGAAAAUAGAAAAUAUUCUAAUUGAUAAUAGUCUAUCCUAUGUAUUAUGUGAUUUUGGAUCAGCCAUAUUUAUUGAUGAACAACCGCAACACUCAAAUUCAACAGCUUCUAUUAAACAAUUAGAAGAAAAUAUUCAACGUUAUACAACGUUAGCCUAUCGUUCACCGGAAAUGAUUGAUUUAUAUAGUCAAAUACCAAUUACAUUAAAAUCAGACAUAUGGGCUAUGGGAUGUUUAUUAUACAAACUAAUGUAUUUUACACUUCCAUUUGGUGAUUCAAUAUUAGCUAUUCAAAAUGGAAAUUUUACUAUACCAGAUGAUAUGGUACAAUUAUAUAGUAAAGAAUUAAAUUUAUUAGUUCGAUAUAUGUUAGAAAUUGAUGUUAAUAAAAGACCAGAUAUAUAUCAGGUAUCUUAUAUCACUUAUAGAUUGAUGAAUAUGGAUUGUCCGAUAAAUAAUCGUUUCAAUUCAAAAAUAUCUGAUUUGCAAUCGUUAACCAUGCCAUUAACAGAAAGCGAAUCAAGAUAUCAACGCUCACUAGCAAAUACCAUUUCAAAAACCUCUAUUAUAGAAGAUAACACGUCAACAGCUGGCACAGCAGUUAAUCCACGAGAAAGACCAAGAGGAAUCAUUGCACAACCUGGUUCAUUAAAUUUUAAUCAAUUUCAAAAACAAAAAGUUGAUCUUACACAACCAUCCGCUAUUCAUUUACCACAGCAGCAAGAGUCAACGGUAAUCAAUCCAAUUGUACCUCCUCAACGACCGAUAAACAGUUCAACUGUUGAUCUUAUUCCUCCUCUUCCACCUCCCCAAAUCUCUUCUCGUUCAGCGUUACAAGUGCAACAGCCAAUAGAUACUUCUCAUCAACGUUCUGGAUCAGCUGUCCAACUAAUGUUUGACGAUGAUUUCUCACAAGUCAUUUCACAAAAUGCUCUACCACAAGUAUUUCAUACUUCAAGUUUAACAAAUAUAACCGAUACAGCAAACAUAACUAAGGUACCUGCACAUGCCAGACCCAGUCCGCCAACUACUGUAUCAGCUGCAACAAGUUCAAAUUAUACCCAAAAUUUUGUCUCACUGUUUGACGAACGAAAUGAAAAUAAUUUAUUCCAUCUACCACCUCCUCCUUCUACUACUGCAACAGGGAUGGUUCCCUCUGUCUCCCCACUUUCUCAUGGUUCUAUAGAACAAUCAUCAUCAUCAUCCGACCAACUAUUUCAUCGUGGUCAUCGUCGAGCUUACAGUAAUACUGUGAGUCCAACUCUUGUAUCACAAUCGACGAACAAUUAUUCUUUUCAAAUGAUGACCUCUUUUGUUGAUCCAAUAACAUCGGAACAACAACACCAAGAACAACUGGAUUUAUUUUUUGCUAAUAGACGUCAUUCAACCGACAAUUCAAAUUAUUUAAAACAUGAAUUACAACAAAAAACAGUAACAGCAAGAAGCGAAGAAUUCACUGAUGAAGAUGAAGAUGUACAAUUUUCUUCUAAAAAUUUAUCAAAAAAUAAAUCAAGUUCAAACGCAUCUAUACAAAAUGUCAAAUCUUGUGAAAGUUUAGCGUUAGAAGAGGAUGAAGUGACAUUUGCCAAAAAAUAUACUGUCAAUUCAAAUAUUCGACCAGAUGAUGAAGAACAAUCAGCCUCAUCGUCGAACUCCUCACUAUCAUCAAAUUUAACAUCUUCAAGUCCAACUAAAAAUGAUAAGAAGAAAAAAUGUGAUAAAUCCAAACGACAAAAUUUAUCCGGAUUAAAUGAAAAACGAUCGUCGGUUAAAAAGAAACAGUCACUACAAUCUCUAACCAAUAUAUCAUCACCAUCAUUACAAAAAACAUUAUCGACAGAGGAGACUGAGCAAAAGACUCCCAUAACAAAUAAACGAUUAAUGAUGCGUAUUAUUGGCCGUCGACCAUAUGAUGAACAAAAUUUAUCUGCAGCACAAAACGAAAAUAAAGACACUGAAAGCCAUGAUACUCGAGACGACGCGCAAAAUAAUGAAAUUGCUUUCGAUCAGUUAAUUAACGAGGACUCGGAUGAUGAUAAUCAUGGAAAAAUGAACACAAUGGCAACUAGUGGAUUUACAACAAGAUUAGCAACAAAAGGUGGUGGUGGUGCAAUUCAACAGCAAUAUGAACAUUUAAGUUCCGAAGAUAGUACCAAUAGCAGUGAUAAUGAACACCAACUACAGCAAAAAACAAGCAGUUUGUCAACAUCAACAUUAGCUGAAAAAGUGUAUAAUUUAUUUUCAUCUUCAACAACAAAUACAACUGUCACAUCCACACCCUUGAAAGAUUCGUCCAAUUCUUCACGUUCAUCAACAAAACCAACAUCCGCCAAAGCAAUCGGUCGUGUAUUUGUUGAUGCACCAUUUUUAUCAAAAAGAAAACAAUCCAUUGAUUCAAAUAUAGGUAAAUUUUUAUCAGUUAAUUCUCCAGUUGCACGUCCAUUAUUGUCCACUCAAAUUCAUUCCGAUGCAACAACAACAGCGUCAUUUGAAAAUCCAUUUUUACAUGCACCGUUUCGUCAUCACAAUACUCAAUAUUAUCCACCACAGUCACAACAACAGCAACAACAAAUUGUUGGCAAAGUAGAAACACCACCAGUAAAUUUUGACCCAAAUGGAAUAUUGUUACGUACAAGGCGAAGUGCAUUUGCACCAUAUCAAAAACAGAACGUAGAUAUAGAAAAUGAUUCUCAAUUAGAACAGUCAGAUGUUAGCAAUAUUCCCGACAAUUCUUCGUUACAUUAUGAACUCAAUGCAAAAACAAAAUUAACGCAUUCCGAAUCUUAUCCACCUGGUACAAUUAAACAAGUAGAACAUUCAACAAAAAAUGAUGUCUUUAUUAAUGCUCCAUUUAAUAACAAACUAUUAUCAAAUAAAACACGUUCAUCACAAAAUCCUAAAACAUCGUCAUCGCCACUCUCCACAUCAUCAUCAAAUUCACAUUUAAUCGAUCUCGAUCAACAAUUAAUGAAUAUUGGUGAUGAUGGAAAUACAAAUGUGAGUUUUGUCGAUAAUAAUAAUAUCUCAAAAACUUCUCUGCCAGUCCCAUCGGGAGAGCCAUCUCGUUUUUCCACGUUAGCUAAAUUGACAGCACCUCAAACAUUUGUUGCUGGUGUCCCUCCUCCACCCACACUCAUAGCACCCUAUUCAUUGUCAUCAUUAUCAAAAGAAAAUAAUAAUAUCAAUGCAAAUGUUGUCGGCAUUGUUAACAAUCAAAUUGGUUCUACAAACAGUGUGCAUGAACGACGUGUAUAUGGUUCGGCAGCAAUAGCCACGAGUUUAGCUCAAUUAGGUGAUCUCAAUGGAAUACAAACAGCAUUAAAUAUGGCUCUAUCACCACCGAAACAACAAUCACUCAAUAGUACUGAUAUCUAUUAUUUUCAUUCGAACAAUAAUAAAAAUGAUUCAGAUACGGGAGCAGGUAAUUCUUCAAGUGAAGAGUUGACAUCGAGUUUACGUCGAAGGAAAAAGAAGUCAUCAUCUAUUAAACAACAACAAAUGACACCGAAUAUAUCUGGAACAAAUCAGACUAUAGUAUUGCCAACAGUGUCAUCAAAAGGAAGUAGAAACAGUAAAACGGAUCAAUUCGCUUUCUCUAAUUUAAGUUUUAAUGCAAAAGAUGAUGCGGACGUAUUGUUAUAG